UCAUUUAUUCACAACUUAGCUAGAUUCAAAAUUAAUAUGAACAGUGUUGCUCUUGAAUACUCAAUGCUUAACCUUCAUGCGGGCGCGUGGGCGGUAGUUCACCGCCCCGGCCAUUCUUUUGUGUGCAGUUGAAUAACGGCUUGCGGCCUGACCUUGGCCUGACCUUGGGAGGGGGAUGUAUUCUCUAGUCACACUUUUUGACAAUAAGUUUCAGUGUUGACAAGGGUCAGUCUUCUAGUAGAGAGCAACCAGCGAGUUUCAAAGUUAUCAGUGCACGGAAGGCGGUAGUUUACCGCCGUGCGCCCACUAGUGUUAUUCUAUACGGCAACUGUAAAACCAAGAAUGGCACGUUUCAUCGAUCCGAAGGAUUUCGAUCGGGUCCUCAACGAGUUGGAAUCUGAAGAAGAACGUGGAGAGCAGAAUGACUUUGAAGACGACAUCGAUUUUGAAGCUGAAGUCAUUGAACAUGAUCGACACAACAGCGAAUCUGAAAACGACUUGGAAGAGCCGAUGGAGGUUGAUGAGGCGCCUGUGAUGAGAGAAGAAGAAGAAAACUUGGAAGGUUUAAGAUUUUUCAUUGGGAAAAAUGGUGAUACAUUGUGGGCAAAUAGACCUCUCCACCAAACAACAAAAACAAAAGCUGUAAAUAUAAUAAAGACAAUUCCUGGACCAAAAGGGGAGGCAAGAAAGUGUAAAAGUAGGAGUGAAUGUUUCCUGAAAAUAAUUUCGGAAUCGAUGAUUCAAAAAAUUGUAGAAUAUACAAAUAUAUUUAUUUCAAAACAAAAAGAUGAAAGAAAAAACGAUAGUGUAGAUGAAGAUGGUUUUAGGGACAGAGAUUAUAGGCCUACCACUAGAGAAGAAGUUUUAGCUUUAUUUGGAGCUUUAUUUUUGAUUGCUGUGAAACGGGGAAACCGAAGUGAUGUUUCUGAGUUUUUUACUACAAAUGGAACUGGGUUGACUAUAUUACGUGCUAACUUCAGUGAGCGUCGAUUCCGUAUGUUGUUGAGGUCACUUCGAUUUGAUGACAUCACCACCAGAGUGGAGCGAUCUCUCCAAGAUAAAUUAGCUCCUAUCCGCGAAUUCCAUGCUUCAUUCAUAGAGAACUGUCAAAGUGCAUAUAAUGUUGGUGAAUGUAUUACAAUUGACGAGAUGCUGGUAGCUUUUCGAGGACGAUGCAGUUUCAUACAAUACAUGCCCCAGAAGCCAGCAAAAUAUGGUUUGAAAAUUUAUGCAAGUUGCGACUCACAAACUUUUUACACGAAUAAUAUGUUGAUAUAAUGUGGACUUCAGAGACCUGGACCAUACUCUACC